GGGGCGUGCGCAGGGGCCGCGGGCCAGAUGAGACGGGUGACGGCGGGUGACAGCGGGCGGGGCGGCGGGCGUUCACGCCCUCUGCUCGGCCGGGCCGGGAGGGUCCUCGGACUCGGUGCGCGCCGGGCCGGGCGGGCUGAGGCGCGCGGGUCGGACGCGGCGCCAUGCACGGCCCCCCUGCUUGGCCGCUGCGGCUGCUCCUGUGGCGAAGCCCGGCCGCCAGCACGUGGACCCUGGGCGCCGGCGUCCCGGGGCCCCGGCCUCAGUUGACGGGCCUGUGGCCGGCGCGGCCUUGGGGCGCGAGGCCGAGGCUUCUCGGGGAUGCCGGAGCCGCGGGAGGCCCGCGCCGCUGCACAAGCGGCUGCCCGGGCGGGGGUCCCCGCGGCCCCGGAGGUGGAGCAGGCCUCGUGCGGCUCCUGGGGCUGUGGGCGCGGCCCCCCGGCGCCAGCAGGUGCCGGGCGCUUGCCGGGCCAGACGCUCCCCGGCUCCCGCGCGCCGGGCUCCGGGGCGGCCCGGCAGUCGCAGCCCGGGUAGGGGGCGAGGCCUGGCAGCGCCGGCCGGCGUUGCCUGCGGCCGCGGCUACUCCCGGAAACAAGCCGCGGCUGCGCCCGGCGGUGGCCGGGCGCUCGGAGGCCCAGAAGCUCUUGGGGCUGGCGUAUCCGGAGCGCGGGAGGCUGGCAGCCGCAGUUGGGUUUCUGGCCGUGUCCAGUGUCAUCACCAUGUCUGCCCCCUUCUUCCUGGGAAAGAUCAUCGAUGUCAUUUACACAAACCCCACCGUGGACUGCCUCUCCAAGCUGACCCGCCUCUGCCUGGUGCUCAGUGGCAUGUUCCUGUGUGGCGCUGCCGCCAACGCUGUUCGCGUCUACCUCAUGCAGACUUCAGGUCAGCGCAUUGUGAAUAGGUUGAGAACUUCGUUAUUCUCCUCUGUUCUGAGGCAAGAAGUUGCUUUCUUUGACAAGACUCGCACAGGAGAAUUGAUUAACCGCCUCUCCUCAGACACCGCACUCCUAGGGCGCUCGGUGACCGUAAACCUCUCGGAUGGGCUCCGGGCUGGGGCCCAGGCUUCUGUUGGCAUUGGCAUGAUGUUUUUUGUCUCACCAAAUCUGGCCACUUUUGUUUUGAGUGUGGUGCCUCCAAUAUCCAUCCUUGCUGUGGUUUAUGGACGUUAUCUACGGAAACUAACCAAAGUUACACAGGAUUCCCUGGCACAAGCCACUCAGCUAGCUGAGGAACGUAUUGGAAAUAUAAGAACUGUUCGAGCUUUUGGUAAAGAAAUGACUGAAAUAGAGAAAUACACCAGCAAAGUGGACCGCGUGAUGCAGUUAGCAAGGAAAGAAGCAUUUGCUCAGGCUUGCUUCUUCGGAGCAACAGGGCUCUCCGGGAACCUGAUCGUGCUUUCUGUCUUGUACAAAGGAGGGCUGCUGAUGGGCAGUGCCCACAUGACCGUGGGUGAACUCUCGUCCUUCCUAAUGUAUGCUUUCUGGGUUGGAUUAAGCAUUGGAGGUCUGAGCUCUUUCUACUCGGAGCUGAUGAAAGGGCUGGGUGCCGGGGGACGCCUCUGGGAGCUCCUUGAGAGAGAGCCUGAGCUGCCUUUUAAUGAAGGGGUCAUUUUAAACAAGGAGAGCUUCCAGGGCACUUUGGAGUUUAGGAAUGUGCAUUUCGCCUAUCCAGCUCGCCCAGAGGUGCCCAUAUUCCAGGAUUUCAGCCUUUCUAUCCCAUCAGCAUCGGUCACAGCGCUGGUUGGCCCAAGUGGUUCUGGCAAAUCAACAGUGGUGUCCCUCCUGCUGAGGUUGUAUGACCCCAUGUCUGGAACUAUCAGUCUCGAUGGCCGUGAUAUCCGUCAGCUAAAUCCAGUCUGGCUGAGAUCCAAGAUUGGGACAGUGAGUCAGGAACCAAUUUUGUUUUCUUGCUCCAUUGCUGAGAACAUUGCUUAUGGUGCAGACGACCCUUCCUCGGUGACUGCCGAGCAGAUAGAGAGAGUGGCUGAUGUAGCCAACGCAGGUGCUUUCAUCCGAAACUUCCCCCAAGGAUUCAACACUGUGGUCGGAGAAAAGGGCGUUCUCCUUUCAGAUGUGACUAACUGGAAGAAGCUAUCUUCAAAUUGCCACUUAGCUUAUCAGAAAAACCUGUUACCAAGAAUUUUUGUUAAGGCUUUCAAGUUUAAAAAAAAAAUAUUGUCCUUGUCAGGUGGGCAGAAACAACGGAUUGCCAUUGCCCGUGCUCUGCUUAAGAAUCCCAAAAUUCUUCUCCUAGACGAAGCAACCAGUGCCCUCGAUGCUGAAAACGAGCACCUUGUGCAAGAAGCUCUAGACCGACUCAUGGAAGGAAGAACAGUGUUAAUUAUUGCCCACCGUCUGUCCACUAUUAAGAAUGCUAAUACGGUGGCUGUUCUUGACCAAGGAAGGAUUACAGAAUGCGGGAAACAUGAAGAACUGCUUUCAAAACCAGAUGGGACAUACAGGAAAUUAAUGGACAAGCAAAGGCUUAGUUCAGUGUAAAGGAGCAAUUACUGAUAAAGUGAACAUGAGAGGCUUUAGACAUCGUUGCAGGAAAAAUACUUAGAGAUGGUAUCUAAUCUGUAAGUCAUACUUCAGGUUAUUUAAAAUAUGCCUAUUUUUUCCAAGGUGGGUAAAAUAUCGUUUUGAGAUGUACCUGUUCUCAAGACCUUUUUAUUCAGAGUUUUAAUAAUUGUAACUUUCUAAAUGUCUAUAGCACUGAAGUUAUUUUCAGGUUUUUUACUUUCUUUUAUCCUGGAAUACUUUAUUUAAUAUAACAUGGCACCUCAUUUUUAUUUUUUAUGCGCUGUUACAGAUUGAAGCUGUUGUCCAAUGACAACUUUGAAAAGGGGAUUAUAAAUAAAAAGCUUAAUUAUUUUAGGUGAUUUGCCAACCACUGUGUAAUUUUCUUGGUAGUAUUCUACCUACAUUGUGUCUCAUUUUCCUAGAAGAUGAAAAUCUUCCCUUUUUUUAUUCUGGUAAUCUCCUGAAGUGAACCUGACAUACAGAAUAGAGGAGUAGUUAGCAUCACAUAGCGAGAAGGGAACAUUUACGUUCCUACUUCCUGUGUCUUCAGGGGUAUGAAAUUUCAGAUACAUGUGUUCCUCUGGGAUGAGACCAUGUUUGGAUGUGUGUGGUUUUCAACAUUUUCAGCAUGUGAAAGCCUGACAAGUUUUAAAAAGGGAAGAAGCCCAACGUUUGAAUAUGGAAACUUCUAUUUUCAUUAUUCACACAUUUGUUACUGUGGAAAGUCAAGCAUGAACUGCUAGGUACUAUCAAGAGGUAAAAAUGAAUUUUACAUUUAAGUCAUCCGAGGCAUUUAUUUUGAAAGUUAUCUUUUAAAAUUUUGUAAUUCCUAGCCCGAUUUUAGGUUUUAUCCAUUAAGUACUUUUGAAAUUUCAUUCAAUGAAGCAAAAACCUAAACUGUAAUUUUCAACCUUAAAACAUUUGAAGAAAGCUUAGUUCUUCCUAUUCUACAGAAUAUCAAGAAACUUUCAGAACUUGUUAUUCUUCUGAAAAGAGGACAAUAACCCUUUUUAUUUAUGGUUAUAGUUUUAUUCACCCAAAUGCCUCAGAAUUCUGAAAGCAAUGCUGAUAACCAUUAGAUUUGCCAUAUUUCAAAUCAGUGCUGUUAAUUUGCUGUUGCCUCAAGAAAAAGUGCUUUUUUUACAUUGAUGAUGCCAGAACCUAAGAAAUAACUGUGUUGAUGUAACUAAAAUGGAAGUUUGCCUGUGUUCUAAGUAUUGAUGAGUUCACUGAUUAUGCUGGAAGGAGAAACCACUACUUCAUGAUAAGCGUGCGGUAUUAUAAUUCAUUCUACAUAAGGGAAUUUGUUAUUGAAUAAAAUGAACUCAGUGAAUGAAUGAACUCCACGUUCUUUGUAUUAGGAAACAGUACAUCGGUGACAAUCAUUUUAACAAGCUUUACUUGUAUUCUUUAUACAAUUUGCAAUUAUGAUGUGGUUCUCAGAAAGCAGACAAAACACAAUUACAAGGUUGGAUCUGAGGGAAAUCGCUUUGUGCCAUAGAAGUAUUUACAAAAUUGAAUUUGAUCAUUAUAUUUUAUUUUCUAAUACAAGAUGUUCAAUUGUGUCUUUAGGGAACAUUUUAUAUCCUGGAUUAAAAUUUAUAGUGAA